AUGAAGUUUCUCUGCUUGCACGGUGCCAUUGGCAAUGUCGAUAACAUCAGUAUCCAGCUUUCUCCCCUUCAGAAAGACCUGGGACAAGAUGAGUCUGCGUCCUUCCACUACAUCAACGCGCCCGUCAAGAUCACACCACCAGCAGGAUUUGAGGAGUACUUUGGUGUCGGCCCUCACUAUCGCUGGGCAGACGAUGGCGGUGCUGCCGAAGAUUCUUUGAUCAGUCGCGUUCGCCAAAUCCCCGUGGGACAAAAUCCAGAAGAUGUGAUGCGUGACCUUGUGGGUGAUCGCGCGGUUAUCUGGCUCAACUACAAGAAUGUCAUGGAUUAUCUCUACCAAACCCUGGAGGAGCACCCAGACAUUGGAGGUAUUAUCGGAUACAGCGAGGGUGCCUCUAUGGCCGCGACCUUCAUCCUGGAUGAGCAACGGCGAUUCGAGGAGGAAGGCCGUGAGCGCCGCAUCAAGUGCGCCAUGUUCUUUACUGAUCUGGUUGACGUCCCCACCCUUCAUGUUGUUGGCGCGAACGAUCCCUUCCGCCAUGGUGCAUAUGCACUUUACAAUGUUUGCGACCCAGACACGGCCACCUUUUUCGAUACGGGGAAGGGACACACUAUCCCCCGCUCAGGGUUGGUGAUCAAUGAAUUGGCCAAUGCGGUUCGUGAUCUUGUUGAGAAGACUCACGAAGAGGAGUGA